CCACCCAAUGCGAUAUCCGAAUCACGAAGCCAUGCCGACCUUCAGCGACUAAUCCGUGGUGAGACUAUCCAGACAGCUAUGGAGAGUAUCAACUUCUCCAUUGGUCGCUCUUCUUCCCGCCGUCUUGCUGAUAGAUCGGACACAAACCCUGUGCGUGCUCGUCUUCGUCACCGCCGAACUGAGUCUACCAUUGUGUCAAGUGGCGUGAUGUUUGAGCUAAUUGCUCGCACAAAUUCAGCGCCGCCGACAUCAGCAGCUCCUAAUGCACAUGUAUCCAAGCCGCACUCCACCUUCGAAGGACUUCCUGGUGAGCUUAGGAACUGCAUAUACAGGUCGUUGUUCGCACGCCACCCUAACAUCCUGGCCCUACGAGACAACCGUCUGUACAACAUGUACGCAGUGCCUGGCAGGAAAUCGUACUUCAAGUCGCUUCCUGGCCUAGCCUACACGAACCGUCGGACAUAUGACGAAAUUGCGACCUUCCUCCUCGAAAACCAUACCAUGGAGGUCAGUGUCCUUGAUGACCUUCACUACCUUGAGGACACGCUGGAACAGCUUCCUGGCCAGAAAGGUUGGAACAGUGUCAGGAGCAUGAAGUUCACCAGAUUCUCUGACCUCGCGACGUCUCCAGCCCGCACGCCUCGACCUUCUCCACAUGCCUGAGCAUGGUCCUGCGUAUCGACAGCUCGCCUUCCUCAACGGCACGCCAGGUGUCAAGAGCCCAGACCAAGUCGCCGCAACCUACGAG